AUGGACAUCCCCAUACCAAACGACACCAUUGCUACCUCGAAUUCGCAAACCAUAUGCACUGCCACACCCGAUAACGAAACUGCUGCGAUCGCAAACGACUUUGAAGACGCUUCGCCCGAGCCUCACGAUGCUCCACCUCGCCGGCCUGGCGUGCCAGCUACUUGGUCCUCCGAACUGAUCACCCGUCCAGGAAAAAUGUUCCAGUGGGCUCGCCGUUCCACUGAUUCGACCCGCAAAGCCCACCUGACCACGGCCCUGGACCAGAUCUCCACCCCGCUUCCUCGAGAUACGUUGUUUUUGCAAGAGAUCGGCGGGCCGGCAGAGCGUGCACCGGCUGCAGGCCUCCCGAACACCGCAUUCACAGAUCCUUCACCCUCUGACUUUAAAGUUGCCGACCUGCAACCGGAUGCCAAUUCAAGCCAAAACCGGUCAAAGUCAGACCCGUCCACUUUCCAGGCUCCUCGCCAACCCAGCCAUGCCUCAAUCCACCCGAUCGCUUCCGACUCCACCCAAGCAACCAAUCAAAGAACUCAGUCAUCUUCUCCCCCAAAUCUGGGCAUUACCAAAAAGUAUCUAGCAAAUGUUGAUUCGUUGCUGGGCCGCACGUUGGCCUCAGAUCAACAGGCCUCUUUGAACCUCCAGCAGAUGCUAAAAAACGCAUCCCCCUCCCAACGGGCAGCUUUGCAGCGCGAGAUCAUUGCACGAAUGUCUCAAAUGGUAUCCAGUAGAUUCGGAAACUUCGUUGUGCAACGCAUGCUUGAAGUUAGCGACCCAAGCUUUGUGGAGAACGAGGUGUUUUUGAAAGUCAAGGGCCAAGUUGCAACCUUGUCCCUCAACGCAUUUGCCUGCUACGUCUUGCAGAAGCUUCUGGAUGUGGGAUCCCAAAGCGUGCGGCAGCAAAUUCUUGAUGAAAUGCUCGCCCAGGUGGUCGAAACUAUCACAAACGCAUCGGGAACCCAUGUUUGGCAGAAGCUUCUCCACCUUCCUUGGCCAGAAUCACUGCCGAAUGUCGUAAAACAAGUAUCUGCCGCUUUAGAUGCCGCAUUUGCCAUGCAAAUCGCCGAAUCAGGCGGAGGAGACUGCAGUGGCUGGAUGUACAUACUCCAAUACCCGCCCGGAGCAGCUGCCGCCCGCAGCUUGAUAGGAGCGUCACACUUACCGGGUGCGGCCCAGGUGCUCAACCGCUUAUCACAGUCUAUGAAUGAGCUCAUAGCCAAUCCUGAAUUGCACUCAAUCCCUCUACGUAUGGCCCAAAGUGCGAAUAUUUACCGUGAUCGCGUUAUAGAGCAUGUCCUGCUCCAUGCGGACGAAUAUACCCGCGAUAGAGAGCUCGUGCCAUUCCUUAACGAGUUGCUUGCACAUAAAAUACCUGGCUUUGCUGAAAAACUGAGAGCCAGUAUCUUCUAUGUACCGCCAGAGCUGGACUUGGCAUUGGAAUCGUGA